UCUCCUUCUCUUCCAGUCUCCACGGUGCAGCUACGCCUCUCGCCUCUCUCGGAAGCAGUGGCAGCAGUGUAGUAGUAAUCUGCCUGCCGCGCACUGAGCUCGCAUUUUGUGUCACGGUGCCACCGGGAGAGGGGCGACAGCGCUGCGCGUCAGGGGACACCAGUUACCAUCCGCACGGUUCAAGCGACAUCCCGCCGCGGGCAAUGACAUUGGCCGACUGAAGUGGGAAUACACGAGAAAACGCAAAAAUGACGGUGGACUUUGAAGAAUGUAUAAAAGAUUCACCCCGAUUCAGGGCUGGCAUUGAUGAUGUGGAGACAGACGUGGUGGAGAUUGAAGCAAAGCUCGACAAGCUGGUGAAGCUGUGCAGUGGCAUGAUCGAGGCUGGCAGGGCCUACGUCAGCGCCAACAAGCUCUUUGUCAACGGCAUCAAGGACCUGUCACAGCAGUGCAAGAAAGAGGAGACGAUAUCGGAAUGCCUUGAAAAGUGUGGAGAAAGCCUCCAGGAGAUCGUCAACUACCACAUGAUAUUGUUUGACCAGGCUCAGAGGUCCAUCAAGCAGCAGCUUCACACCUUCAUUAAAGAGGAUGUCCGUAAAUUCAAGGACACUAAGAAGCAGUUUGACCGGGUGCGUGAGGACAUGGAGCUGGCCCAGGUGAAAAACGCCCAGGCACCCAGGAACAAGGUGCACGAGGCUGAAGAGGCCACACAGGCUCUCAUCCUCAGCCGCAAAGCCUUCAGGCACUUGGCACUGGACUAUGUACUACAGAUUAAUGUGCUUCAAGCCAAGAAGAAGUUUGAAAUCCUGGAUGCCAUGCUGUCCUUCAUGCGCGCCCAGUACACUCUGUUCCAGCAAGGUUUUAACAUCUUGGAUGAGAUUGACCCCUACAUGAAAAAGCUGGCUGCACAGCUGGAUCAGCUGGUCAUCGACUCUGCAAUGGAGAAGAGAGAGCUGGAGCACAAACACGCCCUCAUCCAGCAGAGAACACUGAUGCAGGACUUUUCAUAUGAUGACCCCAAGCUGGAAUUCAAUGUGGAUGCACCCAAUGGUGUGGUCAUGGAGGGCUACCUCUUCAAGAGGGCCAGCAACGCGUUCAAGACCUGGAACAGGCGGUGGUUUUCUAUACAGAACAGCCAGCUGGUCUACCAAAAGAAACUCAAGGACUCUUUAACAGUUGUGGUGGAGGACCUGAGGCUGUGUUCUGUCAAACCGUGUGAAGAUAAUGAGAGGAGGUUCUGCUUCGAGGUGGUUUCACCCACUAAGAGCUGUAUGCUGCAGGCCGAGUCUGAGAAGCUGCGGCAGGCUUGGAUCCAGGCGGUCCAGGCAAGCAUCGCCUCUGCUUACAAAGACAUCGCCGACAAUUAUUACAUUGAGCGUUUGGACCGGACAGCCUCGCCCUCCACCAGCAGCAUCGACUCUGCCAGCGAACCCAGAGAGAGGGGGGAGAGGGCCGAUAAGGGAGUUCGGGGAGGUGGGGAAAGCCUCCUCCAGAGGGUACAGAGCCUGCCAGGGAACGAGCUGUGUUGUGACUGUGGCCAAGCGGCUCCCUGCUGGGCCUCCAUUAACCUUGGGGUGCUGCUCUGCAUCGAGUGCUCGGGGAUCCACAGGAGUUUAGGCGUCCAUUGCUCUAAAGUGCGCUCACUGACGUUAGACUCAUGGGAGCCAGAAUUACUCAAGCUGAUGUGUGAGUUGGGGAACACUGUGAUCAAUCAUAUUUAUGAGGGAGCCUGCGAGGAGCAGGGAGCGAAAAAACCUGGACCGUCCAGUUCAAGACAGGAGAAAGAGGCUUGGAUCAAGUCUAAGUAUGUAGAGAAACGCUUCCUGAAGAAGAUGAGUGGGAGUGAGGCUUUGGUGGAGGGGGAAAGGAAGUCCCGGCCCUGGACGGUGAAAAAGUGUCAGCGACACAACAGCUCUGUUCGGGCCCCCAACAAAGCCCGCAGGAAAUACCAUCGCUACGAGCCGGGCAGCGCUUCACCUGCAAACCUCUCAGCAGCAGCCGCAGCAAAGUUUCGCCGGGACUCCCUGUUCUGUCCAGACGAGCUGGAUUCACUGUUUUCAUACUUCGAUACUGGCUCUGGUCCCCGCAGUCUUAGCAGUGACAGCGGCCUGGGAGGAAGUACUGAUGGCAGCACAGACAUUCUAGUUUUUGGCUCAGUGGUGGACAGCGUCACAGAAGAAGAGGAGGAGUCAGAGGAGUCUUCCAGUGGUGAGGUGGAGAUUGAACAGGAAGUACCCUCAGACCCCGAAGACCCGAGGGAACUCCACCCAGGGGCGCUCCUCCACCGAUCCUCCCGUCUACACAACCUGCCACUGAUGGCAGAAGCGCUGGCGCAUGGUGCGGAUGUACACGCUACAAGUGAGGAGGAGGAGGGAAAGACACCACUCAUUCACGCUGUGAUGGGGGGUUCUCUAAUAGCAUGUGAGUUCCUGCUACAGAACGGAGCCGAUGUAAACCAGAGGGACAUGAGAGGAAGAGGCCCGCUGCACCACGCCACCUACCUGGGACACACUGGUCAGGUGUGUCUGUUCCUGAAGAGAGGAGCAUCGCAGACGGAGGUGGAUGAACAGGGUCACGACCCCCUAAGCAUCGCUGUUCAGGCUGCCAACGCUGACAUCGUCACCCUAUUGCGUCUAGCGCGGAUGAACGAGGAGAUGCGAGAGGCAGAGGCUCCCUUGGGUCAACCAGGUCAAUACCCCAGCAGCAGCCCCACUGACCAGCAGUAUAGGAAGUGCAUCCAGGAAUUCAUCUGCCUCACCAUAGACGAGUGCUAGUGGUCACUUCUGUAUCCAGGAGCAAAGCUCGUGCUCUCUCUCUCUCUAUAUAUAUAUAUAAACUAUAUAUACUGUAUAUUCCUCCUGAAUGGGAACCUAAAAUAAUUGUGUGGACGAAGUUGCCCCUAGACACUGAUCUCGAGUCGGUUACUUAAAGAGAUCUAGGUUUACGAGCAACUUCUUGGGGGUGUCUGAGGAGAGAGGAGCGUACCACUUGCGCAAUAUCGGGGUGCGUUGUGUCAUAGGGAGACCCCUGAUGGACCUUUUUAACUCUACUGACAAUACAGUCACCACCUCCAUUUUUCUGCAUCACCACUAUGUUUCUGCUCGCUGUUCCGCGGCACCACCCACGCUAUGCUAGCUACAUGUCACACACAGUAAAUGACAUCUGCUUUUUGGUGUUUCGCUAACAGGGUUAUCCCCUAACUUAUCAUAACAUGGUAUAACCUCUUGAGUGAGGGUGUGGGUUUACUGUUGCCUAACAGCUCUUACCUCUGAAGACUCUCGCUGCAUUAACCCCCCUACACUUUAUAUCUAUCCAGACCAUCUGUGUGACAUCCAACUUACCCAUCUCUUCUUUAUCGGAGAUGUAAAUAUGCGUAUUUAGAAGUUAUAUGGGUAAUCUUUAAACUAUGUGCUGUGGCAUGAGGUGAAUAAAAAGGUAUUUGUUCCAUUACUUAAAGAAAAAGAGUAACUGACAAGCUACAGUAGAGGUGGGCAGGGUAGUUUACUGUGUAUACAGAGGGGUCAGGAAGGGAAAUUUAAUGUAAAACUGUGACAAAAAUACUGAAGGGCUUGUGGAGAAGAGACCCUUGCCUGCUUUGUAAGAUACUUUGUGACAUGAUGAGUGAGUGAGUGAGUGAGUGAGUGAGUGAGUGGACAGGAGAGUAAAUGAAUGCAUGUGUCUAAGAAUACUGAGAGACAGAGUUAAAUAAUAUGAUAUUAUGAUACAUUAUGUAAAAGAAAAAAAAGAAACUGUGCACUUUUCCCAUCUACAGUAUUAUAAUUUUUUACAUUUUUCAUUCAGUUAGUUUUUACAUUACAUCCUUGUCUCGUCACAUUAUUGUCUAUCUAUCUAUUGUCUGAUUAAUCUCUGUCAUUUUUAUUGAUGUUUAUCUCCCCAGAGGACUAGUGCAAUGCAUUCUUGGUUGCAGUUUAUGUCUGCAUUCCCGUUGAUGAUUGUCAUUUUAAUCUGAAAGCAUUACUUGGAAUUUACUUUGGAAUUUUUGUGAGGUUGAGAGGGAGAUGUGUCGACAAACCAGAGCAGCAAGAAGUGAGGGGGUGUAUAAAACUGGAUUUACGUCUCACACUUAAAGGGACAGUCCACCCCAAAAUCAAAAAUACAUAUUUUUCCUCUUACCUGUAGUGCUGUUUCAUCUAGA